AUGUCGUGGCUUGCCCGCGGCGCAGGUCCCCAAGCGACGACCGCAACGAAGGCGCACAACAUGAAGUUCGCCGCUGCCGCCGUUCUGCUUUUGGCCCUGGCGUCCGUCGCCAGCGCCAGGCCCGUGGGCCUGCGGACUCUCCUGGACGCCAAGAAGGAGCCCAUCUACUGCACCGGCGCGGACCACGCCGAGGACGAGUGCCCCGAGCACUACGAAUGCGCCGCCCUCGACAAGAAGGUCUGCAAGCAGGUCCAGGACUGCACGACGGACAAAUAUGGCAAGGAGACCUGCACCUACAAGGAGCAAUGCUGGGAGUAUGAGUGCGUGGAGGUCCCCAAGUACUGCGAGGUGACCUACGCCGGCGAGGACGAGUGCGUGACCAAGUACGGCAAGGACCUCAAGUGCGAGAAGCUGAAGAAGAAGGAGUGCGUGUAUGAGAAGGAGUGCGAGUACGUCGACACCGACAAGUGCAAGGAGUACGAGUACGAGCGGAAGUGCAUCGAGGUGCCCACCAAGAUCUGCCUGAAGUACAACCAGGUGCAGAAGUGCGAGAAGGACCGCCAGGUGUGCAAGGAGUACAAGCAGGAGAGGAAGUGCGAGCAGGGCAAAUGCACCAAGUACGAUGCGUACGGCGGCUGCACCGCGUACGGCCAGGCGGACUGCAAGUACGUGGACACCGACAAGUGCAAGGUGUACGAGACGGUGAAGGGCAAGUGCGUGUACGUGAACGGCGCCUGCAAGGAGUACAAGAAGGAGGAGAAGUGCAACGACGUGAAGAAGGGCUGCAAGGUGUACGAGCAGGAGGAGGUGUGCAAGGAUGUGGAGGUGUGCUGGACCGCCAAGUGCGUCGAGGUGCCCAAGAAGUUCGGCUACAAUGCGGGCAAGUAA